AUGGGAUACAGAAAGGCCGAAGGACAAGGCACAAACUUUCACGGCCACAUCACCGCGCUUUCCAUCGCACCAGAGUAUCGCAAACUCGGGCUCGCGAAGCGGCUGACCAAGCUGCUCGAGGAAAUAUCUGACGGCGUCUACCAUGGAUUCUUUGUUGAUCUCUACGUCCGGCCGUCGAAUGCAAUUGCGACGGAAAUGUACGAAAAGAUGGGCUAUAGCGUCUACCGCACCGUCAAAGAGUACUAUGGGAAUCUAGGUCCGGGGAGCGAAGGUUCGGCGGCAGAGGAUGCGUAUGAUAUGCGGAAGCCGCUCUCGAGGGAUCCUCAUCGCAAAUCAGUUCGAGCAAACGGACGUGACGUGAUUGUCAGCGCGUCGAGUGUCACAUAA